AUGGCCAGUCUCAAGGAUAAGCUGAUUGUGAAUCUCCUUAAGGAGGAACAGGUGCCCCAGAAUAAGAUCAAGUUUGUCGGGGUUGGUGCUGUUGGCAUGGCCUGUGCCAUCAGUAUCUUAAUGAAGGACUUGGCAGAUGAACUUGCUCUUGUUGAUGUCAUGCAAGACAACUUGAAGGGAGAGAAGAUGGAUCUCCAACAGGGCAGCCUUUUCCUUAGGACACCAAAAAUUGUCUCUGGCAAAGUGGAUAUCUUGACCUAUGUGACUUUGAAGAUAAGCAGCCUUCCCAAAAAACGUGUUUUCGGCAGAGGUUGCAACCUGAAUUCAGACAGGUUCCACUACCUGAUGGGAGAAAGGCUGUGCAUGCACCCACUGAGCUGCUAUGGCUGGAUCCUCGGGGGGCACAGAGAUUCCAGCAUCCUUGUGUGGAGUGACGUGAAUGUUGUUGGUGUCACCCUGAAGAAUCUGCACCCUGAGUUAGGAACUGAUGGGGAUAAGGAGCACUGGAAAGAGGUUCACAAACAGGUGGUUGACAGCACUUAUGAAGUGAUCAAACUAAAAGGCUACACAUUCUGGGCCAUUGGACUGUCAGUGGCAGAUUUGGCAACAAGUAUAAUGAAGAAUCUUAGGAGGGUACAUCCAAUUUCUACCAUGAACGAGGGACUCUAUGGAAUCAAGAAUGAUAAUGAUGUCUUCCUUGGUGUCCUUUGUGUCCUGGGACAGAAUGGGAUCUCUGAUGUUGUGAAGAUGACUCUGACUCCUGAGGAAGAGGCACGUUUGAAGAAGAGUGCAGAUACCCUGUGGUUGAUCCAGAAGGAGCUGCAGUUUUAA